CUCAGAACCCUCAUGAAUACGCUACAAUUCGACGUCGUGAUUAAGAAGACGGACGAAGGAUUCGGGAUUUACUUCACGAAGGUAGCUAGAAUCGAGAAUGAUGUCGAUCUUUUAGUGGUCGAUGGCUUAGUGGAAGAUCCUGCGAGCUCACUUGGAAAUGGGCUAAACAAAGAGGCGUUGGAUUGUCUGCAGCUUGGCGAUAUCCUAACUAAAGUGAACGGAGAGGAUUGUGAAGGAAAGAAGGUAGCAGAUAUCAUUGGACUUUUGCGGGGUGCUAACAGUGGCGAAAAUACGCUGUCAUUCUCGCGCAAUGUGCCAAGCGAUGCUAAUUUAAAGGGUGGAGUAAAUACCAAGACCGAUAAUGAAGAGGCUGGCUCUGCGAUUGAGUCUUCGAGGGGUGGGUUCAUGGAUGCGAUUCGUAAGGUCAAGUCCAAGAUUCGAUCAGAAAUUGACGGAGACGAGGAGGGGCUGUUCCGUGAGCAGUUUGAGGAUGAACAAUUUGAAAAGCAGUGGCUAGAGGAAUUCGACGCGCUAAAAAAACAGUUUGAGAGAAAAUGGGAGACCUGCACAUACACGGCAGAUGAAUUCUGCGGGCUGCUGUAUCGCUCCAGCGAUGCUCAGCAGAAAGAGUACCUGCAGCAAGAGUACCCAACACUCAUGGACGCAUGGAAGGAUGGAUGCGCCUCCACAAGCUCGUCGAGGGUGAUUCCCGAGUGGCCAGCCUCGACGCUUGAAUGUUUACGAGUGGACUUUAUGUGGCGAUCGGAUAAUCUACGUGCGUUCAGUCGACGCCUUGAGGCUGCUGGGAUCUCCUCCUGCUCAGGACUUCUCGAGGAACUGAAUGUCCGCAGGCUAAGCAGCCACUUCGAGCGCAAUUUCCAGUCGGUGGAGUACCCACGGCUGACCAAGACCGUGUUACGCACCUUGCGCGAGAAUGCACAGAGCGCAGUCACUGCGCCAUUGUGGUAG